AUAAGCUUACUUGCGUCAUUGCCUACGAUCAAUGUAAUAUUGUAUAUUUUCAUGAAAAAUUUUGGUGUACAACCAAACUUUUUUUUCUCUGCUAUAACGUUGCACAUUUACUAUGGGUUCAACGGAAUGAUACAGUAUGUUGCAAUGGAUAUUCACAAUGGACUUGAUGCAGCGAUGGUUAACGCUUGGAAACUCCAUUGCAUUUUUCGAAAAAAUAUUGAAAAAAAGGCAAUUAUAUUACAAGCUGACUUCCGUGUAGAAGUAACAGAGUAUUUGCUACUAACUGAGGAUCGGAAGCAUUUUCGACACCCAAACAUGCCAACAACUUUUGUUACUUUUUUGAUCUAUAAAAGUAACAAAUAUAGUGCUUGAUUGCCAGGUCAGUGAUUGGAGCCCUUGGAGUGAAUGUGACAAAAGUUGCGGCACCGGCAUUAUGUCCCGCAUACGAAAAGUCAUACUGCCAGCACAGAAUGGUGGAAAGCACUGUCCAUCGCUGGUACAAAAAAGAGGCUGUCAAGUCUUCAAUUGCUAUGGACAUCACGAUAAAAAAACACUGCACGAAAUGGCUCUCUUGCUUCCAGCAACCCUGUCACAUAAUCAGUCCGCAAACUAUAGCAGCGAUAUAUAUCAAAGUUUGCGUCUACGCUACCGAAACUCGUACAAAGCAGAUCGUGAACUCGA